GAUACUCUUCAGGACCAAACGUUAUUUUCCACAAUGGAGCCAAGCAAGGUUCUAGUAUCUCCUGGACAUAAAUAUUUCGAAUUCAACUUGAAAUUCCUUUUCGCUGUUGGUCUCUGGCCUCACAAAGAAUGGUGCAGGAACAAGUUGGAACUGUACAAGAUGUAUGAGACGAAUCUUCACAUACUUUCUGUUGUUUACCUUAUCAUAUCGUCUAUCGGCACUUACAACAUCCGAGGAAACAUGGAGAUCCUCAUGUCCAACUUGGACAAAUCUCUCAUUGGCUACGUUUUCGUCUUCAAAAUAUUCGCUUUUGAGAUCAAACGAAAAGAGUUGCGGUCGUUAGUGAACGACAUAAUGCAAUCUGGAGACAAAAUCACCAAGAAAUGCGAGGAUCGAAUGACGAGCCUGCUAAUGUUUGUAAUGAUUUUGGUGACAAUGAUAGUCAGUGCAUUUUCAAUGUCAGCUCUGUAUGAUGGGGAAAUGACGGUGGAAGCGUGGAUGCCGUUUGAUCCCCUACAGAGUAAGAAACACCUGUUAAUGGCAGCACAAAUAUUGGCCGUAACAUUUAUGCCUUGUGCCCUGCGGGGUGUGGGACUGCAGGGAAUCGUCUGCAGCGUAAUCAUGUAUUUUUGUGAGCAACUCCAAGAUGUACAGAUGAAGAUUCGGCAUUUGCACUACAGUCCGCACAGGGAUGAAGAGGUCAGGCAGGAAUUUAAAGAUAUUGUGAAGAAACAUGUCCGUCUGAUCAGAUAUGCAAAGUCAAUCGAGAAUGUCUUCAACAGUUUCAUGCUAUUCCAUAACUUAGCCAUGUCGGUUGAGCUUUGUUUAAAUGCAUUGAUGAUUUCUGUGGUUGGAACGGAAGAAAAGAAGACGCUGGUGAACUUUUUAGCUUUUUUCGGAAUAGCGCUUCUUAAUACCUACAUCUUGUGUUACUUGGGCAAUGAGAUGAUAAUUCAAAGUGAAGGCAUAUCUCAGGCAGCCUAUGAGGCUUCCUGGAGCUUCUGGCCAAUAGACAUGCAACGGGACUUGCUGACUCUCAUCACAGUUUCCCAGAGGCCCCUGAAGCUCAGUGCCGGGGGCAUAGCUGUGAUUUCCUUGCAGACUUACUGUCAGAUACUCUACAAUGGUUACUCCAUAUUUACAAUGCUUCACGAUAUGAUGUAAAUUAAAAGUACUUAGGUACUUACACCCGCCUAAGAUACUAAUAUAUUACCCUGAUUACCCAGCAAUGUAUUUCACUUAUCACAAACUAUAAAGGGGCUUCUAUGCAGUAAUAAAGAGCACCGCUGAUAAGUAUAAUUUGUUUCUAUUAACUAGGUCGGUCGGGUCCCUACAGCAGUCACAAACGUCCAAAAGAGAGCCGUCGAAAUUAUCAAAA